CCGGUCAGUUCGGUAUCCCUAUAGCAUCCGCCUUUUGGCAUCUGUUUAUCAAUCCACGUUUUUCUCAAAGUAUCUGUCCACCAGCAUUCUGUUUAGAAGCAGUGUUUAGCUAGUUAGCACUGCUAAGCUAGUUAGCAUUCCCACCAUUCUCUCCCACAGGAUGCUGAGGUUGUUCGGUGCCCUGGUUCUUGUUGGACUGAUAUUAGCGUGCUUGACUUCUUGGGUGCUGGAGAGCUACAACACUGCCUGGCACCCUAAACGAAGUGUCAAGCACUCUAGUGACCAUGAUGAUCAUGAGGAAUCUCGGAAUAGUGUUCCACCAUAUCCCGGCGGUGAAUUCGAUAACAUAUUUUGGUUUGUGCAGGUGUCUGACAUUCAUAUCAGCCGCUUUCACGAUCCCAGCCGGAUUUCGGAUUUUGAGAAGUUCUGCACUGACACCAUUGAAGUGAUUAAACCUGCUCUUGUUCUCGUAACAGGAGACUUGACAGAUGCUAAGACAGAGAGCAAGGUGGGCUCCCUGCAGCACGAGGUGGAGUGGCAGGCCUACCACAACGUCCUGAAACGCUCCCGGGUGCUGGAGCGCACCAAGUGGAUCGACAUCCGGGGGAACCACGAUGCUUUCAACAUAAUCUCCCUGGACAGUGUGAAUAACUACUACAGGAAAUACUCAGCCAAUCAGAAGGUGGGAUCUUUCCACCAUGUCCACCAGACUUCCUUUGGGAACUACUCCUUCAUCUGUGCAGAUGCCACUCUCACUCCCGGACCAAAACGACCAUACAACUUCUUUGGCAUUCUCAACCAGGAUCAGAUGGAUCUUUUGGCGGACUUCAGAUCGGAGAGCCGCAGUAGCAACCAGUCGAUCUGGUUCGGCCACUACACCACCUCCACCGUCAUCUCCCCCUCUCCAGGUCUGAGAGGGGUGAUGAGCUCAGCUGUGGCGUACCUCUGUGGCCAUCUGCACACCUUGGGGGGUCUGAUGCCCGUCCUACACAGCCGACACCCCCAGGGUACCCUGGAGCUGGAGCUGGGAGACUGGAUGGACAAUCGAAGAUACAGAGUUCUGGCCUUUGACCACGACCUCCUCAGCUUCUCAGACCUCACCUUCCAGCAGUGGCCUGCAGUGCUCAUCACCAACCCAAAGGAGGUGCAGUACCUCCACCCUGGAGCGGAGCCCCUGGGGAGGAUGAAGCGCUCCACCCACAUCAGGGUCCUGGCCUUCUCGGAGGCCCCCAUCACCGCUGUGUACGUCAGCGUGGACGGGGUGGGUCUGGGGGCGGCGCGCCGGGCGGGGGGGCCCCUGUAUGUGCUGCUGUGGGAGCCCUCCCUCUACCUCAUGGGGCCACACACCAUCAGUGUCAAAGUGGAGGACUCGGCUGGGCGCUCGACGGUGCGGGAGCAGCACUUCUCUCUGGAAGGAGACAUCUCCCCCGGCUUUGGCUUCUUCCAGUCCUUCGUCCUCCUCUCCGACCACUACAUCCUGGCCCGGGCAGCGUUCGUGACCGUGAUGUUGCUGAACGUGGGGGUCCUGGUGUUGUUCCGGUUCCUGCGCGCUCCCCCCGUCAAAGUGUCGGGGCUGUACUCCCAGGUGUGCGUGUCUCUGCAUCUGCUCAGUAAGAUGGACUCGUUCUACUACUCCCUGCUGCUGUUCAACCUGUGCACGGCCCUCGGGCCUUGGUUCGUAGGGGACCUGAUAGAUGGCCACAGGGGUGUGUGUUUUGCCUUUGGUGUUUUCAUCAAUGGCCACUUCCUAGAAGGCAGUCUCUCCUAUGUGGUUGGAGUCACGCAGAUGGUCUUCUUUAACAUGCCUCUCACCUGCUACCUGUGCUGGAGCCUGCAGCUGCGUUGCCGUGGCGGCUCGCUGCGCUCCCAGCUGUGCCGGCCGGGCUGUGGCCUGUGGACCCUGGCGGUGCACGGCGCCAUGCUGCUGCUGCUGGCCUGGCAGGCCUACUCCUGCCUCUUCCUGCUGGAGACAUACGGGCCCAUGGCCUUACUGUUGUCCCCCGUACGCACGUGGGCGCUGGUCCUCAGCCUGGCGCUGGUGCACCGCGCCUGGAGGGGGCCCAUGCCGCGUCUCCACGGCGACAGCAAGGCCGCCUCGCCCUCUUGACUGGUCGCACCCCCCCCCCCCCCCCCCCGGGCCUGUGGUUUCGGAGCUGCGCGUGUCUUUGUUGGGGGGCUGUUUUCCCCCACCACACAGAGGUUUUCUUCCUUCCUUCCUAUUCCACUUUCUCACUUACUACCCUCUCUCGGCUUCUAGUGUUGUUUAAUAUGCAUGUUUUUGUCAGGCACCGUGCACCCCCAGACCACGUCUGACAGACCUGGUGUUGAGUCUGAAUCGUCAUGCUCAACAACAGUAGUAUACCAGUAUAUCAGUGUGCAGUAGACUACAGUAGAGGGUACACUACCUGGAUGUGUUCUAAUGAACGUCUUACAAUGUAGUUGACUUGACCUUUGAAAGUGUUGCCUUGGCCAACUGCCAUAUCUGUACAGACCUAGCUCUGCUCUCUACCCACUACUGCAGGCUGAAUCUUAGGAUAAAUGUCUUUAGGACUGUCAUGAUCCAUGAUUGGAGUCAUUUUCGA